GACGUCACAUCCGCGAUGUGCCAAAAACGUGCGCGUGACAUGAGUGACUUUCAAAACACACAGAGGGAAUAGUCAAUAGUGCGUAAAGAGUUAACGUGUAAUCUGAAUUAACAUUUGUAUCCACGCAGCUAUGAAACAAUACGUGUAAUAGAAGGAUUGAGAGUUGGCAGAAUAUCUUUUAAAAUGGCUAAACUCCGAGCUUUUAUUCAUUACGCACAAACCAGACUGUGCUCCUCCACGGCAGUCUCCAGUGCACAGAGAAGAAUGACUGUACAUCAGCUGAGAGAUGAAUUGUCAAAAGGGCCAAGAUUUCCUGAUUUCAUUCAAGAAGUCUCACCUCCCAAACCUAGUCCUGCUCGUAAUGGAGAGCUCCAGGACGACACCAGUUAUCUGACUGACAUGAACACGGGACACUCAAGGAAAGUGUACUUUGAAACGUAUGGCUGCCAAAUGAAUGUGAACGACACAGACAUCGCAAUGUCUAUAUUACAAUCGAAUGGUUAUCAACGAACUAAGAACCUCAACCAGGCAGAUGUCGUUCUACUGGUGACCUGCUCCAUCAGGGAAAAAGCUGAGCAAACCAUAUGGAAUAGACUUCAACAGCUCAAAGCCAUGAAGAAGAAACGCUUAAAGAGCCAUGUGCCCUUGAAAAUUGGUAUUUUAGGUUGUAUGGCUGAGAGACUGAAGACAGAGCUCCUGGAACGAGAGAAGUUGGUAGACCUUCUAGCCGGUCCAGAUGCUUACCGGGACCUCCCUCGCCUCCUUACUGUGGCAGAGGGGGGUCAGCAGGCCAGUAAUGUGCUGCUUUCACUGGAGGAGACAUAUGCUGAUAUUAUGCCUGUCCAGCAUGCACCUCAGGGUUACAGCGCAUUUGUUUCGAUAAUGCGAGGAUGUGACAAUAUGUGUAGCUACUGCAUUGUGCCUUUCACUCGGGGCAGAGAGCGGAGUCGACCUAUCGACUCAAUUCUGGAAGAAGUCCGCUUAUUGUCAGAUCAGGGUGUGAAAGAAGUCACACUGCUUGGUCAGAAUGUGAACAGCUACAGAGAUACUUCAGAGGAACAGUUCUGUGGAUCAGAUACGACCAGGCUCAGUCGGGGCUUCAGCACCGUUUACAAAGCCAAAAAAGGAGGCCUGCGCUUCUCUGACCUCUUGGACCGAGUGUCACGCAUCGAUCCUGAAAUGCGAAUCCGAUUCACCUCUCCUCAUCCUAAAGAUUUCCCUGAUGAGGUUUUACAAUUGAUUGCAGAAAGAAAAAACAUCUGUAAGCAGCUUCAUCUUCCAGCUCAGAGUGGGAGUAACAAAAUCCUCCAAGCAAUGCGUCGUGGUUACACACAAGAGGCCUACCUUGAGCUUGUGGGCAACAUCAAGAGGGUCAUUCCUGGGGUGAGUCUAAGCAGUGACUUCAUCUCGGGCUUCUGUGGAGAGACAGAGGAGGACCACCAGCAGACCCUGUCCCUGAUCAGAGCUGUGGGCUACAACAUUGGGUUUCUCUUUGCGUAUUGUAUGAGAAAGAAAACCCACGCUUACCACCGUCUAGAAGACAAUGUCCCACCUGAGGUGAAGCAGCGUAGAUUGGCAGAGUGCAUUGAUGUGUUUAGAGAAGAGGCUGCUAGGAUCAAUGCUUCUCUCAUCGGGUCCACCCAGCUUGUCCUGGUGGAGGGGGAAAGUAAAAGGUCUGUGGCAGAUUUUUGUGGAAGAACGGAUGGCAACAUGAAGGUGAUUUUCCCUAAAGAUGAUGUUCCUGCUACAGGAGUCAAUGCACCCAUCAAAGCUGGAGACUAUGUGCUUGUCACGAUCCUAUCAGCUACCUCCCAGACUCUAAGAGGUCGAGGCCACAGCCUCAGCUCCCUGAGCGGCUCUUUAGAGCAGUGCCUUUCAUCAAACAUGCACACACAUUCUUAAAUGUUGUUAUAACAAAACUGUAUUUAUUUCUUAAAAGUCGUAAUUGUGAAUUCUCCAGAGAAUAAAACCUAAAGUACUUAUCUCCAAAUCCUAAUGACUGAUUUGAUAAGGUAUACUGCCUUUUAUUAAGUGUUUUUUUUCCAUGUGCUGAUCUACUUGUUCAGUGCAUUGGCACAACUGCUUGGAGAACAAAAUUAGUUUUGAGUGAAGUCAGCAGCUGAACGUGAUGGAAUGUGCCCAGGUUAAGCAUUUUGACCUUGAAAAUGGCUAUCUCUGCCCUGAAGAUGGCAAUAUGUUGCACACUUUUGUGAUUUACAUAUACAACAUCUUCAUCUUUUUAUUACUUAAACACACAUCAAUUAAAAAUGUAAUUUUGGAAGCUAAAACACUGAGAUGAAGACUGCUGUCUUUGUCAAACAGUAUUUGUUAUAGCAGAGGAUUGGAGCUGUGCUACAAUUUUGGAGUUUUAGUGCUUGCCUGUGAUGGAGAAAAAUUGCCUGACCAGCCAAGACUACAACUUUUUCCUUCAAAAUAGAAGGUACUGACUUCCCGCAGGCAUAGAUUGAACCUAAUCCAGAGGUGUAUGUUUAGUUAGAAGUGGAAAGUGGUAUAUAAACCUCUUUAAAGACGACGUGGUCCUAAGCCUUGCCAACACAUCUUACAUAUAUAUGUCUGCCUGCACUAAUAUGUGUUUUAUAAGACACACCAAGGGCAGAGGUAUUGAGGUCGCUCCGACAGUCAGGUAAUGGGCAGCACAGAUGGCCUAUAGCACCCUGUGGGUGCAGACAGACCACAAGGACAUUCUUCAUUUAUGUAUAGACUCACUGCAGUCCUGAUGUGAAUGCAAGCUCAUGAGUCUAUUGUCACGUCAUGUCUUAGUAGAUGUACUUGUAUUACAACACAAGAAAGUAAUAUAUUCAAUUAUAAAUAAUAAUGACCUGCCCUGCCUUCUGUCUACAUUUUGGGACUGUCUUUGAUUCUCUUCCUGCUGUCUGUUAUUCUAGUGUUUUGGGGAUUCUUCCUGCCAAUCACUCCUUUUCACCCUGUUUUGGUGACCUUGUAGCGGUUGUUACAUUGCUGGCCCAGCGGUAUGUCCUGAUGCUUGGCAUUUAAAACACUUUUAC